GUACUUAUUGCUUGUUCUUCCUUAGCUAUGACGCCUGCAGAUAUUGUCCCAGAGAACUCACCAUGGUCAGCUUCAGAAUUGUCAACCAAGUUGCUCUCGUAGUGGCCCUUCUGUCAUCAUGCACGCUCGCUUCAGAACUUCACGUGGAAACUACCAGUGGCCCUGUGGAGGGAAUCUAUAACACUUCCACGAAAUCCGUACGGGCGUUCUUAGGCAUCCCCUUUGCCGAGCCACCCACAGGAACAGCCCGAUUCAAGCCGCCGAUUCCGAGGAAGCGUUUCAAUAGUCGUAUCGAUGCUUCGUCGUUCCCACCAACUUGCCCGGGACAGUAUACCUUCUCCAACGAGUCGGUCUGGAGUGUCUUGCCAUACCUGCCGUGGGACACUGACAACAUGUCGGAGGAUUGCCUCGCGAUCAAUAUCUGGGCGCCCGCGGCUAGUCAUAAGAAGCAAAGCGGCAAGGCCGCGGUGAUGAUGUUCACCUACGGCGGAGCUUUCACUCAGGGCGGGACAGCGGUCGCAUUCUACGAUGGUACGAACCUGGUUGAGGACAACGAGGAUAUAAUCGUCGUUUCAUUUAAUUAUCGUGUCUCUGUUUUCGGGUACCCCAAUGCACCCGAUCUUGCACAGCAAAAUGCUGGACUCCUCGAUCAGAGACUCGCUGUUGAAUGGGUACAUCGUAAUAUCGCUCAAUUCGGUGGAGACCCCUCCAAGAUAAUGCUCUUUGGUCAGAGCGCCGGGGCAGCUUCUGCAGACCUAUAUACCUACGCGUAUCCGAAAAAUCCCAUUGUUCACGCCGUUGCUAUGCAAUCCGGCGCCGCAGGCUUAAUUACAAGUGACGAUGUCCACCAUCAAAAUUGGAAGAAUCUAUCUAGCGCCUUGGGAUGCAGUACCCUAAGUUGCAUGCAAACAAAGCCAUGGGAAGAGAUCCUCGAGGAGGUGUCUUCGGGGCCCUACAAGUUUAAUCCGGUGCAAGACAACGUAACGGUAUUCCCCGACAUCGAAGCCCGUUCUAAGCAGGGCGGGCUCGCCCGUCUGCCGACGUUAAUUGGAGGCGCCAACCGUGAAGCCUCAGCGUACUUUAAUUUAAGCUCGAAAUCCAUUAAUGAGACGCUAGUAUAUACUGCGACACAGCAGACGUUCAACUGUCCCAUUGUCCAAACUACGACUGAACGUCUCGGACAAGACAUUCCAACUUGGCGAUAUCUGUACCACGGAAAUUGGUCGAAUAUGAGCCCAACACGAUGGCUCGGAGCGUACCACUCCAGUGAUGUACCCAUUGUCUUUGGAACGUACAACAAGUCAACGAUUAAGAGCCCUAGUCCGGGAGAAGUUGCAGCGAGUAAAUAUAUUCAAGGCGCCUGGGUGGCCUUUGCUAAAGACCCCUGGCACGGGUUACAUGCAUACGGGUGGCCGCAGUUUACCUCGCAGAACCGGUCCUUGAUCAAUUUAGCACUAGAUAACCGCGCCACGGCCACGAUAACCUCUGCGGAGGAAUGGGAUUCGCAAUGUCACAAGGGGAAGUUUGUUCCGUGAUCGAUGUUGCACAAGUGAAGAAUAUAUUUGACAUAUUCAACUUAUAUUAGAUAUAUACACUCUGGGCUGAGCCAGUUGUAUAUGUAGGAUGUGAAGGUACAAUGGCGUAAGGCUUGAAU